CAGUUUUGCCUUCAUACGCGCCUGAUUCGGACAAACACCGAAAGCUUCUUGGAUUGCCAUCGAAGAUAAUAGUUGAAUCUGAUGAUGCCUUUGAAGGAGUAUGUAGUCUCCGCGAUUUCGAAGUUGUAGGACAAGAAGAAGAUCUACCCACUGAGAAGAUUGAAAAUAGCUUGCCUUUCAUGAAACUCUGGGUGAUAUUUGGAAAAAUCCUGCCUUUAGCCCUAAAUUCACUAAAACCCAGA